AUGGCGCUGGCUGGCUGCACCGUCGCCCACCGGGCCCGUGCAGCCCCCCCCCGACCCGCCGGACCGGGGAGACACUGGAGGACACCUCCACCCGCCACUGCUGUCACUGCUGUCGUCGGACUCAUGCACGGACUCGCGGUGCACCCGGCGUUGCACGGUCGCGCGGGUCGCGCUGCUUGUCCUGGUGGAAGGUUCAAGCAGCGAGCUUUGCGUGGGACCGCGGUGCUUGCGCAGCGCGGCGAGGGGGACGGCUUGGUGGCGCCGGGAACCUAUGCCAAAACCUGGAGCAAUCCCAGCGGUGCAGUGCUGCGGUGCUGCGUCCCAGGAAGCCUUUGGGCCGCUGAGAGGCCGUUCGUGUGGAACAGCAUCGAUGUGGGUGGCAAGAUGGCGGUGAUUCGGUUGCCCAGCGGCGCAUUGUGGGUGCACUCCCCCGUCGAGCUGGAUGUACACCUCAGGGCCCAGCUAGCGGAACUGGGGCCGGUGCAGCAUGUGGUCUCUCCCAACUUCGAACACGUGAAAUACGCCAAGCAGUGGAAGGAGGCCUAUCCGGAAGCUACCUUGUGGGGCUCUCCUGGCAUGAUCGAGAAGUUCCCAAAGAUUCCUUAUGACCGGGAGCUGGAUAUUGCCUCUCCUGCUGCAUGGCAAGGGGACAUUGAGAUUUGUUUCGCUGAUUGUGAACGAAUACCGCUGGUCGGCACGCCCUUCUUCAAUGAAGUGAUUUUUUACCACGUGCCCAGUGAGACGCUGAUCACCACUGACAUCUUCUGGAGCUAUCCGGAAGCGAUGCCCGAGGGCUCCAAGUUGUGGAAGUUUCUGAUGGACAAGAUCUACCUGCCCUUUUACCGACGCUUUAUGCUGAAAGAUGAGGCAUCCUUGGAAUCUGUUUUGAAGAAGGUGAAGUCCUGGCAGCCUAAGGGUUUGCUGCCCUGCCAUGGAGUUUAUCAAGCAUCAGGAGCCGCCGAAGCCUUUGCAGCGCAUCUGGCCUGA